UGCGAAGCUCAGUCUGGCUUGGUCUUCGGUUCGCGGCGGUUCUUCUCCUGGCUUUUAGGAGUUGUACGGAAGUGGUUCUCGGUUGUUCUCGACAGUGAUGGUGGUGGUGGAAAUGGUGUCAGUGUGUUAGUUUGUUAUAACUAGAGAAGGGGAGAUGGAUGGUAGGGCAAACAAACAACAAGAAAAGGAAGAAGAAGAACAGCAACAACAACAGGAGCAGCAGCAGCAGCCGUCGAGGCAGAUCCAGCAAGGAUAACGCACACAUAAUGGAAAACGCUUAAUUUUCCGUCGAUAUUUAGUCUGGGGGAAAAAAGUGGUUGGAAAAGUGAAGUUUUUCUCUAUGGAAGUGGUGGUAUUUGUGUGUGAGUGUGUGGGCAGUAGAGGAAUGUAAAGUUUCCAGGAAUUUGAAGAAGGUGAUUUCGCUGGGUCUUACCGAUAAAGAGCAAGUCAUGUGAAGAAGAUCCUAGAAGAGAGAUACUACUCAAACAAGCAAGCAAUACACACAGUGUUGGUGUUCUUUCGGAUGGUUUUCCGACCAGUUCUUGAGUUGUUAUGAUUUUCACUUCACUCCAUCGCUAUUCGUGUUACUCCUUUCCGAAGGCCAAGGCUCUCCAGCGACCUACAGCACUAGUUCGGCACUAGUUUAGUGAGUGAAUUCCGGAGCUUGGUGAUGCCGUAAGAGGCCGCAGAGUGUUUCCCGUGUCAGCUGAAUGUCCUGUCGGGGCCAAGUGUUGUGUUUAUAGAAGCCGUCCGUGGGCAACUCAUCGGCGCUCGCGAAGUUGCAGUGAAUUCCACAAAGUGCAAAGUUUUCGUCAACCCCCCCAACGCCCCCUAACAAGGAUACCACCAAUCUUUGGUCUCUGUCCAAACAGGCCGAUCGCAGUACGCCAUGGUGUCGUCGACGCCGCGAUUGCAGCUCAGUGUGAAUAAUUUACGCAAAUUGAGGAAAAUAUGGAUACAAAUUUUCCUCCUCGUGCUGAUGCUGAAUGCGCAUGUGCUCGGUGUGACAUCUCAGCAGCAGCAGCUGCAAAAAGAGCUUCAGCAGCAGCAAACGCCGACCAAUUUGCCAUCGCCACAGAAACGAGGCGGUAACACCGACUCGAGCAAGGACCACUGCAAUAAAACGGUCGACAUCUACGAGGAUGUGGCCUCGCCCGAGGUGACCAAUCUCAACCGUAACAGACCGCUGACGUGCUGGUACCGGUUCCGGAGCUUUCGCGGCGCGCCCCGUGACUGGGUGCUGCGGUUGAACUUUAAAAAGUUCAAAGUGGGCACGCUGCUCAACGCAACGCACUGCGACGGGGGCUAUCUGCAGAUUGUGGACGGCAAUGCCAAAACCGACGUGUCGAACCGCCGUGAGCCGGGCCAGUUUUGCGGCGAGUCCGAACAACCGCAAACAUUCAUCAGCGAAACAAGUGCCGUCAAAAUCGUCUUUCACACCGAUAAUUUCACCGAUCAGACAUACUUUGCCUUCGACUCCCGGGCGGAACAACAGAUGGAAGUGUUCAAUCGAUACGGUCCCCACCCGGAGCUUUAUCCGAACCGGCGCGGCGAGGUGGUGCAAGGGUCGUACUGUGAGCGCGAGUUCCGCGACUGCCGGCUGCAAACGUGUUACGUCCAGUCGCCGGCCUACCCGGGAAUCUACCCGCGGGCGCUCAAGUGCCGGUACCGGCUCCACACCCGGCUGCCCUUCAUCAAGCUGUACAUCCAGAACGAGCAGUUUGCCGUCGACGGUCAGAGGUGUGAAAACAUCAUGACAUGCCCGAUGAAGGAGAUUGGCUCCGGCUCGGAUCACUGUCCGUACGACUGGCUGGCCGUGUACGAUGGCCGCGACGAGCACGCGCCACCGAUCGGCAAAUUCUGCGGUAUGGGAAAGUUUCCCUUCAGCAUCAUCGGAACGUCCCAGCAUAUGUACGUGGAGUUUGUGUCAUCCCCGGCGGGGCCGCUGCUCAACACCGGGUUCCACUUUAACGUCGGAAACUGGCCCGGGCACGUGGAAACCGUGGGAACGAAGCAUGGGGCCUGUGAUUGGCUGCUUAGCUCGGAUGCGUUGAAGGCCACAAGUGCGUCCGAAGGAAUCUUCCUCAGCGUGGCGCAUUGGUACCCACCGAACACCUCUUGCAGCUAUCAUAUCCAGGGCAAUGAGGGAGAAAUUGUGCGGCUGUACUUCCCGAGCUUCCGAAUCAACCGCAUCGAGGCGCCCAUCAUCCGGCACGAAGAGGACUGCGCCGAGUCGCUGACGAUCUACGACGCGAACCACCCGGACCCGGCCCGCAUCAUCAAGACGUUCUGCGACACGUUUUCCCGCCCGAUGGAGAAGAUCGACUUUGUGAGCACGGGCAGGUCGUUGUACGUGAAAUUUUUGAGCAAGACCGGGUCUUAUAGUGGGAGUUCGUUGUACUACUGGGCGCACUAUGACUUCUUUAACAAUUCGCGAUAUGGGGAUGUGGUGCAGAACACGCUGUGCGACGAGGUGUUUUACGCGUGGAAGUACAGCAAGGGUCAGCUGGGAUCGCCGAGGAACACGUUGAUUUAUAAGCGGGCGAGUGGGAGCGAUGUGAGGUGUCAGUACAAGUUUGUGACGGAUCGGAGGUUGUUCUCGAGGGUUGUGGUUGAGGUUACGUCGGUGACGUUUAAGGAGGUUCCGUAUUCGAUGAACGCUUGCACGCGGUGUCACGAAGAACGGGUGGAUAAGUUGAUAUUGUGGGAGGAGAAGGACAAGAAUCAGAACAGGUUGGCGUGCUUCUGCGAUAACAUUCCGAGGCCGGUGAGGGUGAUUUCUUCUGGGGAUCAGAUGAAUUUGGAGUUGAUUAUUCAGGGUCAGCACGCGACUACGAGCUACUUUAAGAAUCCGCACACAUUGUUCGAGGCGAACUACGAGUUUGCCCAUGGGCCGAUUUGUGGACCGAUUUCGUUGGGACCGUCGCCGGAUGGGGAGUUGGUGUUCCCGUACAAGAAUGCGCUGGGGAUUCAGUUGAAUGAGAAUCGUCGGGAGAAGUGCAUCUGGGAGUUGAAAGUAGCUGCCCAGCGGGAUCUCUGGUUGCACUUGGACAAGGCAAGGUUCGCAGAUCGUAGCUGUGAACAUGGUAGGAUCGAAGUCUACCUUGCAGGUCGUCUGGAACCGAGGUUCAUCAUCUGUCCGGAGAACGUGAGCCUCGCCCGAGAUUUACCAAUUCUUUCCGCCGCCGAACUCGGCGCCGUCGAAAACGAAAAUGAACCACUGCCAGUCCUAAUCCAGUACACCGGCGACAGUGCCGUCGGCAAGAACGCCUUCAAGUUCGUCUGGACGGAGCUGUUCCAUCUGCCGCGAAACGCCGACGGAACGCUCGCCACCUCUUCAAUGUUCAAGGACAGCUGUGACUUUUACUGCCCCGGCGAUCAGCACGUCUGUAUCCCCGAAUAUCUGCUGUGCAACGGCGUCCACAACUGCCCCAACGUGACCGGCCUCCGCGUCGUCGAGAGUAACAUCGAUAAAAACUACGAGUACAUCGAGGAGAACUACAUCCGGACCGGCCUGUUCGACAAGGACUUCCUGCUGAACAUCCCGUACCUAACGGACGAGGCGCCCGAACUGUGCCGAACCAAGUACAUCCCGUCCAACGGGGACUUCCCGGACGUGGUCGAGUGCUUCCAGUUCCCGGUAGUGCAGAUGGUCGUGGCCGGAGUCGUGCUAGCCACGCUGAUCAUCCUCGCCUUUACCAUCUACUGCCGGCUGUACGGGCAGAAGUACUACGACUGAGGUGAUUGGACGCCCGACGGUUCUGGUACUAAUCGUCCAACCAUUUCCGUACAGACCGUCGCCGUGUAGCUGAACUGAGAAGCAGCAUUCUAGCAGCCUGGUUUGGGGCAAAACAUCAGCAGAACAGAUAGUAAACGAGGGAACGUUCGGUGGUUACGAAAC